GUGUGGCCAUGUUCAACAUGAACCCGCGAGUCAGCGACAGCCCGCUGGAUGCCCCGCGCGACUUCAAGGCUUAUUGCCAGCAGGUGAAGCUGAAGUUCCGGGCCGUGGUCACAGCAGCUGUGGAGAUGGGGGCGGAGGUCCUUGUGUGCCCAGAUGUGGGCUGCGGGGUCUUCGGAAACGAGCCCAAGGUUCUGGGCACUUUGCUCGGGGAGGUGCUGCGGGAACCGCAGGCGCAGAACCUGAAUGAGGUGCUGGUCACGGGCCAAGUGGCCUUUGCAGAGGCCGUGCGCAAGGCGGCCGGCGGCGAGAAGGUGGAGCUGUCGCCCCCCGCCUACUUCGCGGCGGUCUACGGCAAAACCGGGAAAAGCGGCGGCCGCGGCGGACGGCAGCCUGCGAACCCCACCGUGGUGGUGGCCACGGUUGCCGCGCCGGCAUCAGAAGGUUCUGGCAGCCGGGUCACACCAGUGCAGCAGGUUGCCGCGCCGGCAGCAGGAGGUUCUGGCAGCCGGGUCACACCAGUGCAGCAGGUUGCCGCGCCGGCAGCAGGAGGAGCUGAAAGCCGUGGCCCUUCCGGCUGACCAGAAUAUGCCUCCGUCUCACUCGGCCGACAUUGGCCUCCCCUUUCUCCUUUUUCCUCCCUCUCGCUCUCUCCUCCCCAUCCUCCAUCUGCCUCUCUUUCUCUCUCUCUCUCUCUCUCUCUCUUUCUCUAC